GGAGCGAGAGCGGCUAGGCCGCCGGUCCUGCUCUCGCGAGACUAAAGAAGCCGUUCCUCUCCGGCGCUCGCAGCCAGAAUCGCGCUUGCGUGCCGGUGGGCUGACCAGGAGCGGGCGAGGGAGGUGGUAGCACCAGCCCUGCGAGUGCGUUUUGACGGAACCGUGGUGUCGCGGUCUGGAAAAGUUCUCCCAUGCUCUACCCCAUCAUGAACAAAUUCUGAGAGGGCCCCGCUUUUAGCCGCGCUUUAUACAGCCUGGAAAGGGCGCCACGUGUUUCGGCAGCAGGGAAACGCGAGGAGGGCGUUUUGUGUCCACCAUGUUUGCAUUGUGCAGUGAAAAGUGUUUCUCGGCUACGAAGUACAAGUGCCCACGAGGGCCCGAUUUCGUCCCUCGGACCGAGGUUCCUCCUGCUCCGCCUGGCCCUGGAGCUGCCGGCCGCCCCCCAGCGGGCCUCGUCUGGUUUUUGGCCGGGGCUGGGUUUGAACCCACCACCUCUGCGCCCUACUCUGUUGAGCCACAGGCGCUGCCCACAAGCUGAAGGUUUUCUUACUUCAGGAAGUAAAGCAAGCUACCAGUAAAGCAAUUUUGAGAGUUAGCAGAAACAACUUGCAAGGAAAAUGAAGCUCCCGAUUUUCAUAGCAGAUGCAUUUACAACAAAAGCAUUUCUUGGAAAUCCUGCUGCUGUUUGUCUCCUGGAAAAUGUUCUUUGCUAAUGGUCUGAGAUGGUGGAUUCCCAAAACACCUAGAGAGCACACAGUGGACACAGAAAAAUAUCAGAGACAAAUCAAGAAACAGAGGCAGAAGAAGAAACUGGAUGAAGACAUGCAUCAGAAAAUUGCAAGGGAAAUGAACCUCUCCGAAACGGCUUUUAUCAGAAAACUACACCCAACGGAUGACUUUACACAAAGUUCCUGCUUUGGACUAAGGUGGUUUACGCCGGCAAGUGAAGUCCCGCUCUGUGGCCAUGCCACCCUGGCUUCUGCAGCUGUGCUAUUUCACAAAAUGAAAAACAUGAAUAGCACUCUAACGUUUGUCACUCUGAGCGGGGAACUAAAGGCCAGAAGAGCAGAGGAUGGUAUCAUCCUGGACUUUCCUCUUUAUCCAACCUACCCCCAGGACUUUCAUGAAGUAGAGGACUUGAUAAAGACCGCCAUAGGCGAUACACUGGUCCAGGACAUCCACUAUUCUCCAGAUACCCAAAAGCUCCUCGUCCGGCUCAGUGAUACUUAUGACAGGUCAUUUCUGGAGAACUUGAAAGUGAACACGGGGAACCUGCUGCAUGUUGAGAACACAGGGAAGGUGAAAGGAUUCAUUGUCACCCUUAAAGGAGAGCCUGGUGGGCAGACUCAGGCAUUUGACUUUUACUCCAGAUAUUUUUCACCAUGGUUUGGUGUGGCUGAAGACCCUGUAACAGGGUCUGCACACACUGUGCUCAGCAGCUACUGGUCCCAGCAGCUGGGGAAGAAAGAAAUGCGUGCCUUUCAGUGUUCCCGCCGAGGAGGAGAGCUGGAGAUUUCCCUGCGUCCAGAUGGCCGAGUUGACAUUAGGGGAAGCGCUGCUAUUGUUUUAGAGGGCACGCUGACAGCCUAGAGAUGGUGGUGCUGUGAGGGUGUCUCUAACAGUGAAGCAUUAUCCACGUAAAAAGUAAUGUAAGGGGCUGCCUUUAACAAACUUGCAUGUUAAAAAUAGAAAAAUGUCCCAAGAUCUGCAGUUGGCAAAAAAUAGGGGGAAAAAAAGGGAAAAAUGAAGCCAUGAUAAUGGAGAUUUAAUAAUGCUUCCAGAACUAAUGGAGUUUUGGCCCCACCUGUAAAUGUUUUUGAAAUUUAAGUAACCAGUAAUGAAGGAUAAUAGAAUAAUGUUAUCACCUAAUUGAUUAGGACUACCAAUCAGAGAAGGAGGAAUACAUUUAUGAGGAGUGAGAUAAAACCAUUUAAACUUAGAUGUACCUGAUAGAAUAUUUUGUAGCCAUUAAACAGACCCAAUGACUACAUGGAAAUAUAGAAAAAUAUUUCAUGAUAUGGAAAUAAGAAAAAACAUAUAAUAUGCCAUAAAAUCUUAGCAAUGUCAUGCCAUGUCUAGGAAGCCUGUGAAUUGAUGUGGACAAGCAUGGACCAUGAAGAUAUCAAAAUGAGAAUAGUUCCUAUGUGUGGGGCAAGCUUGGAAGUAAUUUUAAUGUUUCUCAAAAACCAUUUCCUUUGUUGUUGCACUCACAUACAAUAACUAAAAGUCAAGACAAAACCCAGAAAAUUAAAACAAAAAAGUGUUUAUUAGGCUACUUCCGUGAUAAUAAAAUUGAGUACUAAAAGUAAUGUAAUCUCUUAAUUUUCUUCUUGAUAUGUGACUGUAGAGUGAUAACUUAAAAGGGAUUCUUCUCUUGCCUUAAUAAAGUGAGUUGUAAUGUAA